AUGCAGUCCUGAUACAGUUCAUCAGACCAGAGUUCCAAUUCUGCUCUUUCGCCGGUUCUCCGUUUUUGUGUGCGCUCUCGCUAAUUAGUCUCUCCGGUGUUCCUCGGCGUUUCUUCUGCCGUCUUCAUCCACGGCAUAUUAAGAACAUGUCAUUUAAGAUGAUGUCCCCGCCAGUGCCGAAUCGAACUGGUAAAGAAAAUAUAGUGGACGUUCUAUAUGGCCUUGGUGAAGAUAUCGCUGCAGAUGGAGAUAGGGAACAAAUAACAAGUUUCACCACAGAUGUUGCAUUCAUGUACCAUGUUUUUAACAAGGAAGGAUUCCUUCAAGACUAUGGUGGUCCUCUGGAACUUACUUUGGGUACUGGAAAAUAUGGCUCAGUGUUUGACGAAGGCAUUCGCGGGAUGAAAAUCCAAGGAGUAAGACGAAUAUAUACGGCACCAAAUAAGGAUAUAAGAGUUCGUCAGAGUUUCUUUCGUAAGGCACUUUACAAGUUGAAGUUGAAACGUCUUCCCGAUCUUGUGAUUUAUCAGGUGUCAGUUAUUGCUUUUCUGGAUGAAAACGGACGGUUUCGUCCGGUCGUAACCCCUGGACAAUGCAAAUUUUGGGAAGAUUGAAAGCCUGCAACCAUCUGAUCCUGACUUGCUGCCCUCAAUGUGAACUUGAGGUCACGCGUGUUCAGUUGACCGAUUCAUUAGCUUAGAAUUAUGAACUGGACUAGGAAGCAUGCUCUUCAUCCAUGUGUACAGGUUCAAAUACUUCAAACGGAGUAAACCGUAAUGUCUAAUAUUCGCAAAAAAAGCAGCAUUACUGAAGGGAAAAAAUUAGGUUGAUAACAAAACCGACUAGACUUGUGAAUUUGUACACCUAUAUAAUAGGUUUGAGCAUCACCAUAAUGGAUCGUGAUGUCGUUAUAAUUUAUUCAUUUGUGUUGCGAUUAA